UCAAAAUAUGAAAAAGAAAAAAAAAGUUGAGAGAAAAAGUCCAAGUUCAACACAAAAAGAAAACGGCAGCGUUAAAAUUUGUGGAAAAAUUACGUGUUUGUUAAAUAUUUUUUCGUAUUAGGAAGUGUACAUCGAAGACAAAUUGUGUAUUCAGUGAAUUUAGUCCGGUAGCGAGUCGCUGCUCUGCAAAUAAGUAGAGCCACAGUCAAUUCGCAAUUACGUGUUUGUCUCCCCUUUUGUCGAAAUAGCUUCCAAUAUAGUGCAGUUUUGUAAAAUUAGCGAAAGUGCGACGUCUGUUUUCGGAAAGGGUGCAAAUAAGGUGAAAGAAAAAGUUGUGGAAUCGAUAGCAGGAGGAAGGAAGUGAAAUCCGUCCGGUUCGGCAGUAUGGCGAAGGAUAACAACAAUAUCAACAUAGCGGACGAACUCUCCAGUGGAAGCGGAGCAAGUGGUUCCUCUGGCGAUGCGCUGAAACAGGGAAACAGUAGAACCACGACAACCGAUCAACAGUCCAAUUUCAGUAGAGGAAGAACGAAUGGGGUGUUGGGAUCACAUUCAGACGCUGCCAUCAGUGACUUGCAGCAAUCGUCGACGUUAAGCUCUCAGAGAUCAACUGGUAGCAGUUCUGGACCCGCAGAUCCGGAAGCAGGAGGUAUGACUAGAGCUAUUCCCGAGCUGCCACGUCGGGAGGAGAAUCCUUUUUCGUUCAAACACUUUCUGAAGCGAGAUUCAUCACUGGGCUCAGCAGCUACUUCAUCUAGCACGAUCAGCGGAACCAACAUCAAUCACAGUCGUAGCACUUCCAAUAUCAAUGGAAAUAACCACACCGGAAGCUCUAGUUGCAAUGCUAUAAACAACAGCAACAAUUUCAUCAACAACAAUGUCAGCACUAGCAGUGCCCACAGCAGUACCGGAAAUAGUAAUGCGGCAGCUUCUCCAUCGAAAUCAGCCACAACAAGUUCCUUGCACAAUACAAGUACGACAGGAGCGAAGCCGAAAAUUCCUCAGUUCCAGUCGGUGAAUACGUUGAGCAGCGAAUCCAAAAUGAAAAGGUCGCCGCGAUUUCCGUCCUUUGAUUCACAGUCCAGUCUGUCGGAUUUGGCCGACGAUAAGUUCAUGGCAAACAUCUACCAUAGUCGUAGCAAUAACUCUUUCAAUUCGGAUUACCCGAUAGGUGGGGGUGGAUCGACCUCCGCGGGAUCGCAAUAUGUUCAGCGUUCGUAUUCCAAUUACGACAUGGAAAGUCCUGGUUCGGCAGACUCUCCGCGGUUGGCUGGGUCGCAAAAUCUGCACAAUUCGCCAAAUUUUGGAGGAAGAAGUCGCGAAAACCUCUCGUCGGCUCACCGAUUAGGCACUUCGGAAUUCUCGGCGGCCCUACCAGACUUUGUUCAGGAUCAUUUGGUCAUGGAGCAGUGGUACACUUUAGGAUCUCCGAAGAGCGUCUCCCCAGUGUCGGUCGAUUUUGAUCAGCUUCCAGAUUUUGCCGUCAACAAUCUCGACCCGGAAGGUAGAGGUCAUGGUUCGGUCAUCAAUGAUAUACCAUUCGAUUUAACGUACAACUCCGCACCGGGAGGUGGAGGGAGUGCUGCAUCCGGUGGUCUUAAUUCUGCAAACCGUAAUCGUACUCCACUGCGCAACACUUCACCGAAUGUUCCUUUAGAUCUUCCGCCUCAAAAUUUGGAUUUUUCUUUUGAUCUGCCCCGGAGACGGGUUACUCCUCCGCCGGAACUUCCUCCAGACCUCACGGAUAACAACGCCACCGGGCCCCGAUCUGGAUUUUAUUUUUCCGAUAUGGAUCGCAACCAUUCACCUCCGCCGUCGGGAUCGGCCGCAGACAAAAUCCAUCGCCUACCGGACUUUCUUUCCGACGGUCCGAUCCAUUCUUCUGGCCGAUUGGCGGAUGUAACGCAUGAUACACCACAUUUCAAUUCACCGGAUGCCGAUGCCAGCCAUCACCUGCAGAGGUUACAGAUCGAACGCCAAGAGAACGAUCGUCUGAGGCGCGAAGUCGAGGACAACCGUCGGAUUAUAGCGGAACAAGCCCGCCGGAUAAAGGAUCUGGAAAAAUCAGUGGAGACAGCCCAGAGCAGUGCCACGUUGGCCCAGACCGUCGAGGGGAUCGAGGAAAACUUAGACAAAAGUUAUCUAAGAGCAGCCACGGCCGAAUCUCAAGUUAUCAAGCUGAGACAGAAAAUCAAGCGAUUGAAUGCCGAGAUUGAAACCCUGAAACAGGAGAAUGAAAUCCUGAAAGAGGAAGGCGCGGUGGGAGGAACUGGCGCAGGCGUCAGCGAUGCAGGUCCAUCCGGCGGUGUUGCAGGCAACAGAGGUUUCAGCUCGCGCCAUGCCCGACGUCCAUUUUCACGCGCCCAGGAUUUGUCCCGUGAACUGCGGCAAGCGGCGGCAUCGGCGGAAAACAACCUAAGGCAACUUUUGACCGGUGUGGACAACUUACGCAUGAUGGCUAGCACGAUUGAGAAUAUCGAUCGUAUCGAUAUCACCCACACGGAUGAUUUCCUCUCGGACAGUGAUGACAACGAUCUCCUAGGGCCGGCACUCUAAACUAGGUGAACACAUAGAUCAACUACUCUAGCCCUCUUUUUCCGUUCUCCUACCUAGUUUAUUUUCAAUUGACUAGUACGUUGCUUCUGGCCGAAACGCGUCAGGCGCUCUUGCCGAACGAAAUUCAAAUGACUUAUCCUGUGAUGUACGAUUUUUGUUUAGUUAUUCGUUUUUACAAUUAUGUUUAGACAGACAAGAAAGCGAUUGAAUGUGGUAUGGAACUCCUCCGUUUGGCCCCGCAGAGGUCAGGAUCAAUAAAAAAAAAAGAAAGAACGCUACAAAAAAAAUCCGGUUUUGAGAUGCGAAUGAACUGCGUUCUACUUAUUUAUGAUAUUAGGAUGCACGUAAUAAAGGUAGACAUAAAAUUGAAAUGCCAACAGAGUGAAAACGUUAGUUUUGCAAUAUGAUUGUGAGUCAAAUUUUGUUACAUAGCUAGUGUACGAAAAUAUAAGAAAAAAUACAGAAAAAAAAUAUUAGCUUGCAGAUGAAUUUAGAAACAGAGAACGGAAUGAAUAUCGCGCACAGCCAUAGGGAAAGUGAUUUGCAGAUGUAGAAAAGGUUCUUAGCCGCUUCACCUGAUGUCUUUCCAUUUGCAGCAGCAGCACACAUUCUCCAGUGGGGCCAGCUAGUGAACGAGAGGAAACAGUUAUCGCCCUCCCUCAAAGGUGGUCCGAUGGUAGUGAAAAGACUGACCGACUGAGUAAACACACAAGAAUGUAAAAUGUCAUUAUACUAUGAAUAGAGCUCUAGAAUUGCAUCAUUUUGACGUAAAACCAGAUACCUAGCUACAACAUACACACAUACACGAACAGACGAUACACGAACACACACAAAAGAAGCAAAGAGUAAGAUUCAACACUGCAUGCAACCACAUUCGCGCACCUUGCAUAUGUAUAACAGCAACUCAUAAAUUAUAGCUAUAUAUAUAUAUAUAUAUAUUGUACAUUAUGAAUGCCUACUCGUUGUCUAGGUUUUAUGCAGAAUGAGACGAUGUGUAAAAAACGAAAAUCAAAGCUACUAAUAAUGAUCUUUGUCAAACAA